AGGUUGUGAUUUUCUGCAGCACCCAACCAGUCGAUUUCUGAAAGUUUCACUUUGACUUUGCUUGGUUUGAAAUGUUCUUUUAGCGUUUUACUGUUCGAAAACAUCCAGAAUGAGUUUCCUGAAGCUGGCCCGUCAACUUCGACUGGUAAACACCGCCAGGAACUAUGUGCGAUUUUCAUGUGAUUGCAAAGCGGAGUCCCGUGUAGCCCUACGGGCUAGGAGCGUGAAUUCUUUGCAUUUAGGAAGUCCAAAUGGCGUCUUCAGCAGGUCGAGACUGUUCAACAACUCCAGGUCGCUAACAUCAGUGCGUUAUUUCAGCUCAAAGUCCAAUGGGUCUGACGACAUAGCCCCAGAAGAGGAGCCCUAUAAUCCACAGUUGCCAGCCACUGUGGCUGUGCCAGAGGUAUGGCCACAUGUACCGGUGAUUGCAAUAAGUCGAAAUAUCGUCUUCCCCAGAUUUAUUAAACUCAUCGAACUCACUAAUCCCCAACUCAUUGAGCUGAUUCGAAGGAAAGUGAAGCUCAACCAGCCAUACUGUGGCAUUUUUCUGAAAAAGAGCGAGGAAAACGAGUCGGAGGUUGUUAAUAACGUUGAGGAUGUUUUUAAAGUGGGAGUGUUUGCUCAGAUCCAUGAAAUGCAGGAUCUAGGCGAACGACUUCGUCUAGUUGUUAUGGCGCAUAGAAGAAUCAAAAUCACGGGCCAAAUUUUCGAUAACUUCGAAGAAGAAGCUAAGGAAAUGGGGAAAACAAUGAAAAUUCACUUCCCCGCUUUCAACACAACCGUUAACGUGCCAAAAAUUUCAGAAGAAUCUGAGAGCCGGGGACGUCGAAAAAACCGAGUCAAUCGCCUAAAAAAAUCGUUCCCCGAAAUCAAGACCCUCGAUGAGAAAGCGCCAACGGAAAAAAUCACACAGGAAAUGGGCGAAGCCCCUAAAGAGGAAAGCCAGAUUCCUGGUACCGAACCUCUGCUGAUGGCCGAAGUGGAAAACGUUGUGCAUAACAAGUUCAGACAAACUGAGGAAGUAAAGGCACUGACUCAAGAAGUGAUCAAGACUAUCAGGGAUAUUAUCAGCCUGAAUCCGCUUUACAGAGAUAGUUUGCAACAAAUGAUGCACCAAGGCCAGCGAGUUGUGGACAAUCCAGUUUAUCUGUCGGACUUAGGAGCCGCCUUAACAGCGGCGGAAAGCAAGGAACUACAAGAAGUUCUGGAGGAAAUGGACAUUCCAAAGCGGCUGAUGUUGUCGUUGUCGCUGUUGAAGAAGGAGUUGGAGCUCUCCAAGCUGCAGCAGAAGAUUGGCAGGGAGGUGGAAGAGAAAGUGAAACAGCACCAUCGCAAGUACAUCUUGCAAGAACAGCUAAAAGUUAUAAAAAAGGAACUGGGGUUGGAGAAGGAAGAUAAGGAUGCCAUCGGAGACAAAUUCCGGGAGAGGAUCAAGGACAAAAUUCUACCGCAAACGGUCAGCGCCGUGAUAGAUGAAGAGUUAAACAAGCUGAACUUCCUGGAGAGCCACAGCUCCGAGUUUAACGUAACCCGCAACUACUUGGAUUGGCUGACGUCGUUGCCCUGGGGAAUACAGAGCGAGGAAAAUCUGAACUUGCAAAGAGCCUCUGAGAUCCUCGACCAAGACCAUUACGGCAUGGAUGACAUCAAGAGGCGGAUUCUGGAAUUCAUCGCAGUCAGCCAACUUAAAGGCAGCACACAAGGCAAAAUCCUGUGCUUCCAUGGGCCGCCAGGCGUCGGGAAAACCAGCAUAGCCAGGUCAAUUGCCCGGGCCUUGAACAGGGAGUACUUUCGAUUUUCGGUGGGAGGAAUGACUGAUGUGGCAGAAAUCAAAGGGCAUAGACGCACAUAUGUGGGCGCCAUGCCCGGCAAAGUUAUCCAGUGCCUUAAAAAGACGCGAACCGAAAAUCCUCUGGUGUUAAUCGACGAGGUGGAUAAAAUUGGAAAGGGCUAUUCUGGCGAUCCCAGUUCCGCCCUACUCGAACUGCUGGAUCCAGAGCAGAACUCCAACUUUUUGGACCAUUACUUGGACGUGCCGGUCGAUUUGUCCAAAGUGCUGUUUAUCUGCACGGCCAAUGUGGUCGACACAAUCCCCGAACCUUUAAGGGACCGCAUGGAGAUGAUCGAUAUGUCCGGGUAUGUAGCCGAAGAAAAACUGGCUAUCGCCAAACAGUACUUGCUGCCGCAAGCCAUGAGGGACAGCGGAUUGAAGGACGACCAAAUCAACGUCGGAGAUGAGGCUUUGAAUAUCCUUAUUCGCAGCUACUGUAGAGAGAGCGGCGUUAGAAACCUGCAGAAGCACAUUGAAAAGGUGGUUAGAAAAGUGGCUUACAAGGUGGUGAAGGAGGAAACCCAGUUUAUUCAAGUGGGAGCCGAUAAUUUGCAGGAGUUCGUUGGCAAGCCGGUGUUCACUCACGAUAGAAUGUACCCGACCACGCCCCCAGGCGUCGUAAUGGGCCUGGCCUGGACCGCUAUGGGCGGUUCAACGUUGUACAUAGAAACCACUACUCGAAGACAACCGUCUGCAGAUAAGGACUCUGAAGGCAGCUUGGAGCUAACAGGGCAUCUAGGAGACGUAAUGAAGGAAUCCGCAAAGAUCGCUCUAACUGUGGCAAGGAACUUCCUCACCCAGCAAGACCCGGAAAAUAAAUUCCUGCUAUCUAGUCAUUUGCACUUGCACGUGCCGGAAGGCGCCACCCCUAAAGACGGCCCAAGCGCCGGAUGCACGAUAGUAACAGCGCUUCUAUCUCUGGCCAAAAAUACGCCGAUCCGGCAGGAUUUGGCGAUGACUGGGGAAAUCUCUCUAAUGGGAAAAGUGCUGCCCGUUGGCGGAAUAAAGGAAAAAACCAUAGCGGCCAAAAGAUCUGGAGUCAAAUGCAUUAUCCUGCCCGAAGAGAACAAGAAGGACUUCAACGACCUGCCGACAUUCAUAACAGAAGGCCUGGAAGUACAUUUUGUUAGCCAUGUGAACGAAAUUUAUAAAAUAGCGUUUCAAGAAUAAGCAGUCAAGUUGAUUGGUUAAUUGAAAUAAAUUCUGUUUGAAUCGAUUGUGUAGUCAGACGGGCUGGUUUUCAUGCUCCCGCUGUGCCAGUAAAGACUUAAACACUGUGCUGUAAGUUGGAAUUGUUUUAUAGUGGGUUUAUUGGGGGAAACUGAUUUUUUCCAUUGCACUUAUUGGUACGCAAAGGGGUAUUGAAAAUGGCACGUUUGACGGUUGCGAAUGGCGCUCUUACAACGCAAGAUGGGAAAGCGCACAAGGCCGGUCGCUUGUUGUUAUAUAAGACUGUUCCUUACUUAGAGUCUAAAAUAAAGUCUUUUCUACCGCAUUUUUCAGUUCGUGUUUUCUAUGUACAUUCGAAUGUUUGUUAUCACUGUAUUAAUAAAAGGAUUAUUUUGGA